AUGUUCAAAGGAGCAAGAUUAGUUAACUCAUGCGCACUCAGAUGCAGCACUCGUAGAUACGUAAUGACCCAAGACGGGGCAACUGCGAAAGCUGUGCAGUGGAAAGAGCGUGAACAGGCACUAGAGAAGGCUUACAUUGCCACAAGAGAUACUGAAAACCUCCUCAAGUUGAAAAACAGUCUUGAGAAGAGCAUCGAACACAUCGACAGUCACUUAAACGCACCGCCCGAGAAGGUACAGAAAUCAACUCUUACAAACUCACUAGAGAGUGAGCAAGACCGCACAGCUCAGAUUGAUUCACUUGAGAAAGAGCUCGAACUCAUUUCCAAGCGCUUGGCUUCGUUGGAAGCGGGCUCAAGACAUAUUUGA